AUGACACACGACUUCAUGAAGUCUAAGUGUGUCUUUAACACUGAUCGCGUUGUAUACUUUGGCCAUGUCUUCACCGCCAAUGGUAUUAGCCCUGAUCCUCGAAAGGUGGAAGCGAUCCAUGCAGUUGCGGAGCCACAGAACGUCUCAGAGAUACGCAGUUUUCUGGGCAUGGUAACUUACUGUGCUCGUUUCAUUCCAGAUCUCGCGUCAAUAUCUGCUCCUCUCAGAGAACUCACACGAGCUGAUGUGCCGUGGUCAUGGGGACCGCCCCAAGCAGCAGCAUUUCAGCGUAUCAAGGACCUUGUUCUAAGCACUGUACCAUGGGAUACUUCAACCCAGCAUACUCUUAUGUCCAGAUGUAAUAACAUUAAAUUGCAUUAUACAACAUAUCCCCCCAAGUAUAUCUGUUUGGUUCAGUUCAAUAUCCAAUUUUAA